GGCAUACCUUUUCUCUCGUCUUGCCCUCAGUAUGCUUCGUACAGCUUUCCGACCGCUGGGAACGUCCAUUCUUUGCCGAAGCUCAAUGUCUUCAGUCAGCGUGGCUCCUAGAGCUAUGCCAAUUGCCGCCAUAAGUCGCCGCACGAUAACACAAAAAACAACACAGUUGCCAAAGUCAUGGGUGCUCUCCAAGUCAGUAGUACCAGCGUCCAGUUCGACCAUAUUGGCCAUGGUCAUGGCUGCUACUGCUACCCCGCUGGCUAUGAAGAAGCCGGUGUUGUGCCAAGCGUUUGCCAGCCCGGUUCAGGAGCCGUUUGACCCUUCUACUAAUGUUGGAAACAGAGACAAAGGCGCGGCCAAAUCUUUACUACACACCGGCGAGCUCACGUUUGGAGGCUUUCUUGGAGUAUGCACUGGGUACUUGAUUAAAAAAGUUGGAAAGCUGUUUGCCUUGAUGGUUGGUGUGGGCUUUGUUUUUCUUCAGUACUGCUCUUCAAAAGGAUUUGUGUCAGUGCACUGGGAAGCGAUUGAAAAUAAUUGGCGAGGAGGAUUGGAUGCUGAUCGGGACGGCCGAGUCAGCAAAGCCGAUCUCAAGCGCAAAUGGGGUACAUUUACUGGGUUUUUGACCCAUAAUUUGCAAUUUAAAUCAUCUUUCAUGGUUGGUUUCUAUGCUGGUAUUCGCUAUGGAUAGAUUCCUUCCUAUGUAAAAAAAUUCAGCUGUAGUUUUUGUCAUAAAAAGGCUUGUCUUUACCUAACGUGGAUUUUUCUCUUGUGUGCC